AUGGCCAGCGUGGGAAGUCUCAUCACCAAAGGCGAGGCGCGACUGGCUUCGUUGCAGCAUAUACGUACGGUUGAGAACGACUUGGUGGAUGGGACGUGUCGUGAUGGCGAUGUGGUGGUUAUUUUCGCCAGGGGAACUACUGAGCCUGGGAAUGUAGGCCAACUCGUUGGUCCGCCAUUGUUCAGGGCAAUAAGGAAACAAUUGCCUCACGGGCAGGGGGGGCGAUCCCCAGGCGAGUCGACGGAUGUGAGUUUACGUCCCUCCAUUGUCAGCAAUAACCCGCCUGUGUUCUAUCCCACCAUACAUCCUGCCGAAACUCUGGUAAAUGAUUCCGAGAGUCCCGGUACUGAAAAUCGCAACAACAGGGCGGAACUCGUAACCCAAACCCUCCAUAAAUAUCCCCAUUCCAAAAUCGUCCUAGCAGGCUACUCCCAAGGCGCUCAAAUCGUCCAUAAUACCGCCCGACUUCUCGACCCUGUCGAAAUGGCGGCUGUGAGUUCCGUUAUCCUCUUCGGCGAUCCCGCCAAUGGUCAAGCUAUCCAGAAUGCCGAUCCCCGAAGCGUCAUGAAUGUGUGUCAUCAUGGCGAUAAUAUUGCUUGUGGCGGCGAUUUGAUCAUGCUUCCCCAUCUAACGUACGCUCUGGACACUGACGACGCAGCUGCGUUCGUACUCGAACAAAAAUGGUAG